AUGGUAGCGAAGCUGCAGCACAAUCCAGCUCCCACGACACUUAACUUCUAUGAGAAAAGCUUCCAACAGCUUAGUGACGUCCAACAGCGGCAAACCGGCCUUCUCAUUGGAGCCGCCGUGGGAGAUGCGGCGGCACGCGCCCUCGAUGGCUACACGGCCGAGGAGGUUGCCGCCGUCGCAGCUGAGAGUGGGUCAUUGCAGGAUGAGGACGAAGAUCCCGUAGUAUUCGCUUCUGUUACCCCACGUGAGCAUAAGUCUGGUUUGCUUCGUCACCACUCUUACACGUUUUACCUCUUUUCACAGCUACUGCGGGUCAUGGCUACUUCCCGUGGUGACUUCCCCGUACAAUACGUGAAAAACGAAUGGGUGGCCACCGCCAGGGCUCAUCCUGAUUGCUUUGUCCGCGAGCACGCUUCACUGCUGCAUGUUUUGUGCAUCACCAUGCAACUACCGGUCAUUUACCCAUGGGCUGACGACAGCACGUUGCGUGAAUACGCGAGUGACUUUUUGGAGUUCCUCACGGAAACGCCGGCGGAACGGGCAGUCGCCUCACGCGAAGACGUGUAUGCCUACACUAAUAGUGUCUUGGGCGUUGCUCUUCGCUGUCUGCAAAGUAAUCCUGAUCCGUAUCGGAAUGCCGCAUUUAUGGCCGCUCCCGGGACCGCUCAUGUCUUUCCCGACGACCUGGCAUUGUAUUGCCCACCGGCUCUGGUGGGAUCUUCACACUCUCGUACCGAAGAAUUAAGUGAAGCAGACAGCAAAACAGUUCCCUUGUUUCCUGCGCGGCUCCUCGAGAGCGAUGUACGCGUCGUGCGUGAAUGUUUAGUUGUGGCGCGAGGGGCAGCAUCGUUCGCCGAGGGCAUUAAAGCAGCCAUUCACCUCGGUGGACCCGUCUGUCAACGUAGCCUUAUUGUAGGUGCACUACUUGGAGCACGAAUGGGAGUCCGCCGCAUUCCCAUAAGCUGGUUAAGUGCGACCUACGACCAUGUCCCCCUCGUCACACUUGCGUUGCAGGUUGCACAGUGGAGUUGGAAUCCACCGCACCACUGA